AUGGGGAUUUCUUCAUAUCGUAUUGUUUUCUUACUUUUGGGUUCGCUUCUAUCUCCUUUCUUGGUAGAAUGUCAUCUCAAAACUCUGAAAUACAGAUCUGAUGCCUCUCAAUUUCCCCCGAACUUCCUUUUUGGGACUUCAUCUUCUUCAUAUCAGUAUGAAGGUGCUUACACUGCAGAUGGUAAAGGUCUAAGCAAUUGGGAUGUUUUUACACAUGAACCAGGUACUAUAGGUGAUGGAAGUAAUGGAGAUGUUGCUGCUGAUCAAUACCAUCGUUAUCUGGAAGACGUAGAUCUAAUGGCCUCUAUGGGAGUCAACAGCUAUAGGUUUUCAAUUUCCUGGGCAAGAAUCCUACCAAAAGGGAAAUAUGGGGCUGUGAAUUUGGCCGGCAUUGACUACUACAACAAACUUAUUGAUGCUCUUCUCCUCAAAGGAAUCCAGCCAUUCGUGACACUAACGCACUAUGACAUCCCUCAAGAACUAGAGGACAGAUAUGGAGCCUGGCUAAGUCCCAAAUUACAGGAAGAUUUUGAAUACUUUGCAGACAUUUGUUUCCAAAAUUUUGGGGACAGAGUAAAAUACUGGAUCACCUUCAAUGAGCCAAAUGUGUUUAUCAUUCAGGCUUAUCGUUUUGGCCGUUACCCACCAAGUCGUUGUUCCAAAGGAUUUGGGAGUUGCACUACAGGAAAUUCAGAAACGGAGCCCUUCAUUGCAGCCCACAACGUGAUCUUGGCUCAUGCAGCUGCUGUUAAUUUAUACAGAACUAAAUACAAGAAGCAACAAGGAGGUAAAAUAGGAUUAACCGUACAGUGCCUAUGGUUUGAACCCAUAAGCAACUCCACCGCUGACAAGCUAGCAGCAGAAAGAGGCCAAGCUUUCCUUUCAAACUGGAUCCUGGACCCAGUAAUACUUGGAAAAUAUCCAAGGGAAAUGAAGGACAUUCUUGGAUCCGCUUUACCAGAAUUUUCAAAAAAUGACUUGUCAAAACUACAGUCGUCAUUGGAUUUCAUUGGCUUAAAUUAUUAUGCCGCCUUCUACGUCCAAGACUGCAUGUUUUCGACAUGUACACCCAUACCAGGGACCUCGAGAACUGAAGGUUUCAUCAGACAAACGACAAAGAAGGAUGGCAUUCCCCUCGGGGAACCUACAGGGAUGCCUUAUUUUAAUGCUUACCCGCAAGGAUUGGAAAAAACAGUCACAUAUUUAAAAGAAAGAUUCAAUAAUACACCAAUUAUUAUUACAGAAAACGGAUAUUGCGAAGCCAGCGAUUCAAAUUCCACCAUUGAAGAAUCUGUAAAUGACAACAUGCGAGUAAAGGUUCAGGCCAGCUACUUAGAUGCCCUGUCAACAGCCAUGAGGAAGGGAGCAGAUGUGAGGGGUUACUUUCUCUGGUCCUUCCUUGACAACUUUGAGUGGACAUUUGGAUACACAAAACGUUUUGGGCUUUACUAUGUUGAUCAGGUCACUCUAAAGAGAACUCCAAAGUUAUCAACAACUUGGUACAGAAACUUCAUUGCAGAACAUAUAAGAGCUGAACCUAGAGCAAACAGCUAG